CAGCCGGAUAGCACACACCUGCUGCCGGUACACGAUGCCACGACCGUCCGAAGUCGAAUCCGCUGGCUCUCCUGUCGAGAGACCUAGGAAACGCCGUCGAGUUCCUGACGAACAGAGGAAGAGAUCGCAUCAAAGCUGUGAUCUUUGUCGAAAGCGCCGCUGUAAAUGCAUUCCAUCAGAGUCUGUCGAAGGCACCUGUACGACUUGCUUCGUCAAUAAGGUGAAAUGUUCUUAUGAGUUGCCGCGAAAAACGAGGUUCUAUGGAAGCUGGGAUGAUCUCAGCGACCGGUAUCGCUGCCUCUGGGCACUCGUCAAGGGCGCGUUUCCCAAUGAUGACACGGACAGCGUUGCGGACCUGCUGGAGCUUGGGAAACGUUUGGGAUAUGACAUGCCAGACUUGAAUGCGGCUGAUCCUCUUCCAAGUGAUGAUUUGGUCAAAGAAACAUCGCAUAACGUCGUCCCGAAUAGCCAGAAUGAGGCUGAGAGUGUGAGCGCACCCUCUUCGAGCUCUCGCCCCAGGGAAAAUGACCAGAACAAUGUGCUCGCACCCGAUGUCUGGGGUUCUUCUGGUCCAAAUGUCACCGCCCGCGAGUCACUUCGAAGAAGAGAACCCAGCGGUCUCAUCAGGGAUGAUUCGGGACAUGCGCACUUCAUUGGACCUUCUGGGACGUUGUCCUUCUUUGCAGAUUUGAGGCAGCUUGUUUUGUCGCGGGAUAAAAGCUCGGGUCAUGCCAUCAUCGAGCCGAGAUCUCACUUCGUACACGAUGACACAGCCAAAGCUCUGGAGGCGGAUGACAUCCACGAGCCUAACGAACAAGACAACACGGAGCUCCUUGCUGGACCAUCGCCACAAUCAAUACUGUCAGAGCUCUCCAAGGAGUUUUCUGGACCAGCUCGCCCUGAUCCUGCGGAAUAUCUCAAAAGUCUUCCUCCACAGGACGCCAUUGAUGAACUUUGUCACAUUUAUUUCACCGAAAUCCACCGGGACUUUCCACUCUUCCACCGAGCAACUUUCGAAGAUGAACUGGAAGCCUACGUCGUUAAAUUUCGAGCCAGGGUGCUGUUAGGGGCGCGCAAAGCUUAUGAGCCCACAUGUAGUAAUUACGGACCUGACUUCGGCUGGCUCGCUUGCUUGCACAUGGUACUGUUGGUAGGCUCCGUUGGCCUGUCGCGCAGUGGACUUGAUCUCGACCUGCGUCAAUUGCGGCGCAACUGUCUAUCUGAGGUUCGCUCCCUAUUGCCACACCUCGUUACCAAAUGCACGAUCACAAGUGUCCAGGCUUUACUGUUGCAGUCCUUGUUCUUACAUAACAACAAUCACCGCAAUGGCGCUUGGACCUUGUUAGGGACUGCGACUAGGAUUUCUUUCGCUCUUGGUCUGCACAGACAAGACUUAGAGACCUCCUUUCGGCCUGUUGAACGAGAAUUGCGGAAGCGAGUUUUCUGCACGCUGUACGGCUUCGAACAAUUUCUGUCAUCGAGCCUCGGUAGACCAAGUGGCCUAAACGAAUUCGACGUCGAAGUCAAGGCUCCACGUGAUGGUUUCCUAGAUGACAGCGCUGGUGCAAGCUCUCAGUUUACAAUUGCAAGCCUGCAACUGCAGAAGGUCCUGGGGCAGACAAGGUCUGCUAUUGCAAAGUUGAAAGACAAGCUGAACUCCGAUCCUUCAUCGAACAUCUCCUCGUCCGCGACAUGUUCCCCUGACGAGGAGAUACUGGAUUACCUCGAGACAUGGAAACAGAGUCUGCCACCGCAUUUGCAAAUGGCCAGCAUCGCGAGUUUGGACGAUAUUCCCCUGCCUAGAAGCGCGACGGGAGAAACUGCAGACAGCUUGUCACUGAGUGAUCUCCGUGCGUCCUUGUCACGUCAGACACCAACCCAACUUCGUGGCUUGGUGAUGCUUCAUGUUCAAUACCAUUACAUCGCGCUGUUAGUGACUCGGCCGACCUUACUAUGGGAGAUAUCCUCCUUCAGUUCAUACAAUACGAGUCGCAGGACCAGUUACCAAGCGGACAAUGACGCUGACCAUGGAGGCGACUUUUCCACACCGGAAGCUCCAUCAUCCAUGGGUGCGGCAUGUCAUUAUCAUGCUGCCCAGCUAGUGGCCCUGAUUGUCCUGCUGGACAAGUUUCAACUCGUCAAUGGCGUUUCUGCUCUUGACGUAUUCUAUGCCUAUUCUGCUGGAUUGGUGCUUAUUCUGGGUCUGCUGAAAGGCCCCCAAUUAUCAAGACACGAGAAGAGUUCUGAUGCGUCAAAUCGCAGGCGCCUCACAGGUCAAAGUGGCCGUUGCAUCAACGAUAGAAAUACGCACGCAUUGAUUCGCGUCCUCAGGUCAACAAUUGGGACUGUGCAAAAGUGUGCAACUAUGAAGCGGAUGGCCGGCGUCAUGGACAAAUUUGCUGACUCAGUCAUCAAGGAUGGGGAGCCUAGCGAUAACAGCCAUCAGCUUGAACCUAUUCUUGCUCGAACGUCGUCGCUGAAGAAGUCUGAUGGUCGGAACAGUGCCAGGUGGCCAAGGCGAAAUGACAACCAUCGCAGCGAACAAGCUGUAGAGUCCGCAAGGUCGCAGCACGCUGCAGAUGGCGGAAGAGCUCCGGUACCGGCUGGACUGGAAGGUAACUCGACGAGUAAUGCGCCAUUCUGGCCUUCGGCCGAUCAAGAAACCAAUGCCGAACGUGGCCUGAACGGCUUGGUGCCAACAGCCAAUGUUGCUAUGUACGCGCCCUUUCGUCCCCAGGAUUUCGGGCAGCAUUCUCAAAUGGACUCGGCGGAGGAGGGCUACAUCUAUAUCCCAGGACAGCAAUCCGUCACACACAUGGAGAACCUCGCACAGCAUGCUUCUUCGAUGACCGGUGGCACAUCAUCCGCUCUUUCCUAUCCCGCUUUUCAUCAUCCUUACGACGUCUCGAGGGCUUCGAUCGCAUUGGAUCCAUUCAGUAACUCAUCUGGCAUGCCAGCAGAAGGAUCGUUCUUCCCAACGAUGCAAGGGCAGUCGCAAAACGUGGAUUACUUGCAGAGGUCUUCAUUCUGGCAUGAUCCGUUUGGGACACUGGCCGACGGACAGAUCCUUGACUGGGCGGAUUUAGAGACGUUCUUAGCCACGUAGGACAUUUUGUCUUGUGUAUGCAAUUUUGAAGAAAUGUUCGAACCAAAUUUUUGUGUUGCG